CGAUGACGUCACGGGGCGGUGGCGCGCGCUGCUCAUUUCCAUGUCAUUAGCAUAUGACGCGCGAAGGCGGAAGCGGCAUGGGGCGGUGCGGGGCCGCCCUGCGCCUGGCCCUGGAGGGGAACAUCGCCGUGGGGAAAUCGACCUUCCUGAAGCUGCUGGGUGCCACCUUCCCGCGGUGGCACCUGGUGACCGAGCCCGUGGCACAGUGGCGCAAGGUGCCGGCCGCUGGCGCCGCCCAGGCGGCCGUGGGCUCUGCCAACCUGCUGCAGAUGAUGUACCAGGAGCCAGCCCGCUGGUCCUACACCUUCCAGACCUUCUCCUGCAUCAGCCGGCUGAAGGCGAUGCUGGAGCCACCGGACGAGGGGCCCCCCGAGACCCCCCACCCUGUGAGGGUCUUUGAGCGCUCUGUGUUCAGUGACAGGUACGUCUUUGCCAAGAACCUCUUUGAGGCCGGGCACCUGCAGCCCCUGGAAUGGGCCAUUUACCAGGACUGGCACGACUUCCUGCUGCGGCACCUGGGGCCCCGUGCCACCCUCCACGGCUUCCUCUACCUGCAGGCCACGCCCCAGACGUGCCUGGAGCGGCUGCGGCGAAGGGCGAGGAGCGAGGAGGGCGGGAUCCAGCUGGGGUACCUGCAGCAGCUCCACGCCCAGCACGAGCGCUGGCUGGUGGACAGGACCACGGAGAUCCACUUUGCGGAUGCGCGGAGCGCUCCCGUGCUGGUGCUGGACGUGGACAAGGACUUCGAGCACGACGUGGCCGUGCAGAGCGUCCUCAUGGCACAGGUGGAGGCCUUUGUGACAUCCCUGAGCGCCGACACUUCUCCGUCCCAUCCCGACCCCCUCGGAGCCGGGGAAGGGGCAGCGUCCACCUGAAGAUCCCGAGGACAAGGGACACGUCCUGGUGCCCAGCUGCGCCCUCAGCCCGUUUGUCCUGGGCCAGGGGUGGAGUUGGGGUGGAUCCUCAGAGGCGUGUAAGGAGUUUUGGGGGGCAGGAGGGGCUCCCCGUGCUCAGGGGACCAGGUCCUUGCUGUGGCCCCCUCCCCAUCUUUAGGGAUCCCCGGCUGGGGCCGCAGCCUGGGGUGGGUUUCAUGCACUGGCUGAAUUCCGAUGGAAAACCCCCUUGUUUUGUUUUUUUGUAUCUAUUUUUUUUCCCCCUUAAAUUAAUGAA